UCAUAAGUAUAGAUGAAAAAUUUAUUUUAUCUCUACUGUAACUCGGUGUGAAAUUAUCUCUCUCUCUCUCCCCCUCCCCCUCUCUUAUCAUAUAAUACGUGGCUGCUUGUGUGCUCUUUAUUUUAUUAUAAUACCAUAUAAAUAUGGAUUACAAUCGAAUUGACAGUAUUUCAAGGUCGCAACAUCCUAACAAUCAUUCAGGCAAAAUACAAUAUGGGACUGCUGGUUUCAGAACAAAUUCGGAUGCCCUCGAUCAUGUUUUAUACCGUAUGGGAAUUCUCACAGUAUUGCGAUCCAAAUUGAAAAAUGCAGCAAUUGGUCUAAUGAUUACUGCAAGCCACAAUGAAGAACCUGAUAAUGGUGUCAAACUCGUUGAUCCCGCUGGCGAGAUGUUGGAAUCCUCCUGGGAGGACAUUGCCACUCAUCUCGCCAAUGUUCCAGACUCUGAAUUAGUCAGCACCCUCAAGAAAAUUGUCAACGAGCAGAAUAUCAAUGAAGAUACACCGGCGAGUGUAAUUAUAGGUAGAGACAGCAGAGAAAGCGGUUGGGCUCUGUCGAGAUCUGCCAUUGAUGGAAUCAAUGCAGCCGAUGGAUCUAUCCAGGACUUUGGCAUCAUUACGACUCCUCAAUUACAUUAUUUGAUUGUCUGCAGUAAUACUAAUGGAGCUUAUGGGGAGAGCAGUGUUGAAGGCUAUUUUUCGAAACUUGGAGAUGCAUUUUUAAGGGUCAAAGAGUCCAAGAAUAAAGAUAUUUAUUUGGGAGAAAUUUAUUUGGAUGCUGCCAAUGGAGUUGGAGGAAUUGCUGCCAAGGAGUUUCAAAAAAUUUUGGAUGGCAACUUGACAAUUAGGGUUUUUAAUGAUGGAAAUGGAGCAUUGAAUUACAAAUGUGGAGCUGAUUACGUUAAAGUACAACAACGUCCACCCCUCAAUAGCCCAGUGAAACCAUUUACGAGGUGCGUGAGUAUCGAUGGAGAUGCUGACAGAGUGGUUUAUUAUUACAUAGAUGAGUGUGAAAAAUUCCACUUGCUCGAUGGCGACAGAAUAGCCACAUUGACUGCUGGUUAUCUCAAAGAGCUUGUUGAGGAGAGUGGCUUGAAUAUUCGGCUUGGGUUGGUGCAAACAGCAUAUGCUAAUGGAGCUUCAACCAAUUAUAUUUCUCAACUACUGAAAGUUCCAGUUGUUUGUACCGACACUGGAGUUAAACACUUGCAUCGUAAAGCUCUGGAAUUUGAUAUAGGAGUAUAUUUUGAAGCCAAUGGACAUGGCACCGUAGUAGUGAAGCAAAAUAUCCUUGAGAUGAUAACAAUAGCCUCACAAACAAAUAGCAGGAGCCUUGCAGAGAAAUGUCAAACAGCAGCAUUAAAACUUAAAAAUCUCAUUGACAUAGUCAACCAGACUGUUGGCGACGCACUCAGUGAUAUGCUUCUGGUAGAGGCAAUUCUCUACGCCAGAGGCUGGGAUGUCACUACGUGGGAGAAGAGCUAUGCUGAUUUACCCAAUCGACAACUCAAAGUUAAAGUACAGGAUAGAAAUGUUAUUCAAACUAGUGAUGCAGCAAGAAAAUGUAUCUCCCCUCCAGAACUACAGGAUAAGAUCAAUGAAUUGGUGGCUCGUUAUCGUAAAGGACGCGCAUUUGUUCGGGCAUCUGGUACGGAAGAUGUUGUAAGAAUCUAUGCAGAAUGUGAUAGCCCCACGGAUGUGGAGAAACUCGCUGCUGAAGUGGCAUUGGCAGUUUACAGACUAGCAGGCGGUGUUGGAUCAGAGCCCAUUAUUCCUACUUAGUUAUUAAUUAAUUAAGAGAAUGGUCAAGUUAUAAAAAUAACUUUGUGUCAAGUGUCUGUCAAUCAACUUUAUGUGUGGAUAUUCAAACUAUUUUUAUAUAGAAUAAAAUAAAAUAAGUAAAAUCAAUAAAAUAA